GAGCGAGAGAAGAGAGAAACUGAUUAGGAAUUAGGACUGAUUCAAGGGAAGCGAGCGCCAGGGCUUUGUGCAUUUGAAUAUUAACAUUUGAGGUGUUCUGACCAGAAGAAGACUGAGCGGAUGAUCAUUCAUUCACCACGUUGACAACCUCGCCUGUGAUUGACAGCCGGAGUGGCAGAAAGCCAUGAGAUUUGGUAGUUGGGUCUGAGGGGCGCUUUUUUUUUUUUAACUGAUUUUUUGGGGAGAGAAGAUCUGCUUUUUUUUGCCCCCGCUGCUGUCUUGGAAACGGAGCGCUUUUAUGCUCAGUGACUCGGGAGCUUUGCUUCAGGUCCCAUAGACCGAAGAUCUGGGACCAGUAGCUCACGUUGCUGGAGACGUUAAGGGAUUUUUCGUCGUGCUUUUUAUUUUUUUUUUCCGGGGGAAUUUACGUAUUUGUUUCUUUUCACACUGGCCUUAAAGAGGAUAUAUUAGAAGUUGAAGUAGGAAGGGAGCCAGGGAGGCCGAUGGCGCAAAGGUACGACGAUCUACCCCAUUAUGGGGGCAUGGAUGGAGUAGGCAUCCCCUCCACGAUGUAUGGGGACCCGCACGCGGCCAGGUCCAUGCAGCCCGUCCACCACCUGAACCACGGGCCUCCUCUGCACUCGCAUCAGUAUCCGCACACAGCUCACACCAACGCCAUGGCUCCCAGCAUGGGUUCCUCCGUCAAUGACGCUUUAAAGAGAGAUAAAGAUGCCAUUUAUGGACACCCCCUCUUCCCUCUCUUAGCACUGAUUUUUGAGAAAUGUGAAUUAGCUACUUGUACCCCCCGCGAGCCGGGGGUGGCGGGCGGGGACGUCUGCUCGUCAGAGUCAUUCAAUGAAGAUAUAGCCGUGUUCGCCAAACAGGUCAGCAAAAUCAAUGUUUCAAAAGUAAAAGAAAAAAAAGAAAAAGAAAAAGAAAGAAAGAAAAGAAAAGAACCUCCCUCCCUACCACCCAGCACAUUUGCAAAAGUAACCAGCGAACAGUCCGCCCUAAGCCAGGCCUGUUACAUCUUCUCUGAGCUUUUCCUCCUAAAUGAGUGUCUUUGCGGACGCCUGAAAAUCACCCCAGUUCUUACCCACUCUCGCUACCUAACCCGACGCAGAAAGCUCAGUCUGUAAAAUGCAACCCCAAAGCCCACGCGCAGGAGCUGCCUUGGACUUGGCGAGCUGGGCAGCGAUCUCUUAGAAGCACAGUUGCUGGGAGAAGUAAUCCUGUGCUCUGGGCUUGUUUUCGGAUUGUUUGACUCACAUUGAAGGGUUUCUGCACGGGACGAACUCGGUGUCACAGAGCCUCUCCCGGAGGUUACAUCCUGCCCCCGACAGUGUAAUGAGGCAAGAAACUAGGAAGGCGACCAGAUUUCAAAUGUUUCUUUCUCCCCCC